AUGAGUUCCAAUUCUAGACCGGAUGAUGCCUUGGCCAUUUUCACCAAGCUCUCCCCUUCGAUCUAUAUCUCCGAGCCUGAUGCCAAUACGCCAAAUGGCACAGAAUCGCCGACAAUUGUGCUCGCAUUCUGGAUGAAUGCCCCUGCCCGGGCAUUGGCCAAAUACGUGGUCGAGUAUAAGCGCCUGGCCCCAUCGGCCCGAAUCGUCUUCAUUCUCAGCUCCUCGAAUGAUUUUCUCUUCCAUCACACCCCCCAGGCGCGAAAUGCGCGCCUCUCACCCGCGGUCCAAGCCCUCCAGGCUUCGCUCCCUACCCCGGAGAGCCCAAUCUACCUGCACCUGUUCUCAAACGGGGGUGUCUUCACUUCCACCAACCUGAUCGCAGCGUAUCACCAAGCAACGGGGACCCAGUUACGCAUAUCGUCCAUCAUCUUCGACAGUGCCCCGGGCGUCGCCACUGUCCCCGCCGCAAUGAGGGCCUUCUCGUUCAUUCUGCCGCGGUUCUGGCUCCUGCGCAUCUGCGGCAAGGCGCUGCUCUGGACGUUCCUGAUCCUGAAUCACUGGACCCGGAAAAUCACCGGCAGCUCGGACGCAGUGAGCAUCGCGCGCCAGGCAGCCAACGAUCCGCUCGUGGUGCGCGGCGCUGGCGGGAAAGACACCCCACCCCGGUACUAUAUAUACUCCGAUGCUGACGAGCUGGUCAACUGGAUGGAUAUCGAGGCACAUGCCGCCGAGGCGGAGUCCAAGGGGUGGACUGUUCGGCGGGAGAAGUUCGAUGGCUCGCCGCAUGUUUCUCACAUGAGGGCUGAUCCCGAGCGGUAUUGGGGCGUGGUGAGUGAACAUCUGAAGUCGUCGAAUGUGGUAUAG